AUGGGAUCUACGGGAAGACAGGGCACAGAUUCACUCUUCUCGAUGGAUCAAGGAUCUGUUCCGAUCAACCACCACGACAACCUGGACAUCAUGACGGCACAAUUGAGGACGCAAUUCUACUACGCACGAUUUAUGAUUUACCGGCCAUUUGUUUACAAGGCUCUACACUUCCCUGAGCUGAUGACGGAAGAGGAUCAAAUAUGCUGUGCUCUCGCAAUCCAAUCGGCGUGUCUAUGGCCACUGGUACUUGCGCCGCCGAAGAACAAGAAGCGAUUGGUACCGCAUCUGUUCACAUGGACACAAAAUUUCGUGGGCAUAUUGCUUAUCCUGCGCCUGACGACGGAGAACGAAUGCUUGAAGAAGAUUUGUAAUGAGAGGGUGAACCGUAAGGAUCUGGAGCAGACGACGACAUUGAUGUUGGAGUGGAUUCAGGACAUCAAGCAAGUGGAUGGAAUUGCGGAGUGGAGCUGGAAGAUGCUGGGACCGCUGUACUCGAGGCAUGGAUGA